GAUUCAUUUGUUACUUCAGGCGGGUCGAUUAAUCAGAAAUCGGAUGGUCAGGCAGGUCAGGAGCCAGUCGAUUGUCAAUUCGCGUCAUGUCCGAGUUCAAUUGAAGUAAUUGAACUGCCCGAGCGGUCAGUAUUGAUUAAGCCUGCAGGUUUGACAUGAUUCUCCUUCGGUUACAUCACAGAUACAUCAUCGUAUUUCAAAAGGAGACAACCGGCCGGGGACCGCUAUUAAGCGUCGGCUUUAGUCAAAGAGCGUCGGUCGAUCUUUCGAGGCGUUUCGACGCGAGACGGUGGUGAUGAAAUAAGCGAGCACGUGUGCGAAACUGCUGUGUGAAGUCGCAUGACGAUCGCGGUCGCGUGUCGAGGUGACGUCGAUCACGUUCGCUCAAAUGAACAAAAAUGAAUCGAUGAGCAGAUACGGGCCUCUCGUCGGGGCGAUCGACGAGGGGACGGGCAGCGCGAGAUUCCUGGUUUUUGCGGCAGACACAGCGGAAGUUUUAACAUAUCAUCAAGUCUCGAUAUCACAGACAUGCCCAAGAGAGGGAUGGGUUGAGCAGGACGCUUUGGAAAUAUUGGGCGCAGUCAGGGAAUGCCUCAAGCAAACUGUGUUUAACUUGAGGCAGUUGACGAUAGAUCCGGCUGAUAUAGUUGCAAUUGGUAUAACGAAUCAGAGGGAGACCACAGUUGUGUGGGACUCUGUAACGGGAGAACCACUUUACAAUGCCAUAGUGUGGAUGGAUAUGAGAACUACGUCAAUUGUGGAUGAUAUAUUGAAGGGCAUACGCAAUAAAAAUAAGAAUUACCUGAAGCCGCUCUGCGGUCUGCCGAUUAGUCCAUAUUUUAGCGCGUUAAAAUUGAAAUGGCUGUUAGAGAAUGUACCCCGGGUUCAAGAAGCACUAGCUGCCAAACGUCUCAUGUUCGGCACCAUCGAUUCCUGGUUAAUUUGGAAUUUAACUGGUGGUGCCAAUGGUGGUGUUCACAGUACAGACGUUACGAAUGCUUCGAGAACAAUGCUGAUGAAUAUCGUGACGUUGAAGUGGGAUCCUACUCUAUUGUCAUUUUUUAAAAUACCUCCUGAAAUUUUACCUCAAAUACGAAGCUCCUCUGAGAUUUAUGGUUAUAUACAAGAUGAAUUACUGCAGGGUGUUCCUAUAUCAGGGUGCUUAGGUGAUCAACAAUCAGCUUUAGUAGGUCAGAUGUGUCUGCAGCAAGGACAGGCAAAAAGUACUUACGGCACUGGCUGCUUUCUUCUUUAUAAUACUGGCACAGCUAUUGUGGACUCGUCUCACGGUUUACUGACGACGGUUGCUUAUCAAUUAGGAGCACACGCUUCUCCAGUGUACGCUCUUGAGGGUUCUGUAGCGAUCGCGGGUGCCGUUGUACAAUGGUUGAAAGAUAAUCUUGAAAUACUGACUAAUAUAAAAGACUGCGAAACUAUCGUCGAACAAAUGCCCGCGGGCAAUCGUAUUGUUUUUGUGCCAGCGUUUGCUGGAUUGUACGCUCCAUACUGGAGAAAAGAUGCUCGAAGUGUCAUAUGUGGUAUUAGCGAAGACACUAACAGCGCACAUAUUGUGAAGGCAGCCCUGCAAGCGGUGUGCUUUCAGACGCGCGACAUUUUGGAAGCUAUGAAGGAGGAUACUGGUUUGGUGUUAUCGAAGCUGUUGGUUGACGGUGCAAUGACUAGUAACGAUUUGUUGAUGCAAAUGCAAGCUGAUAUUUGUGGGAUUCCAGUGGUUAGACCAUUGAUGUGUGAAACUACUGCACUCGGAGUCGCAAUUGCUGCUGGUAGCGCGGAAGGAAUACGGAAGUGGGAUGUGAAGAUUGACGCUGCUGUUCCCAGCGAUAUUUUUCUACCAUCAAUAACUGAGAAUGAACGCGAUAUUUUAUAUUCUCAAUGGAAAACGGGUAUUGACAAAAGUUUGGGUUGGGAACCGCUCCCCGAAACAAGUGAUACUUCUGUUACAGACGAUAUGGAGGAUAUACAUAAAGCUACUGCGCCCGGUGUAUUUAUAAUUGGUACCAUAAUAUUACUUAUGGUUGCUAAGUAUAGAUCUACUUUGUGAUGUGAGUUUGUGCAGUACUGUGUACAUGCAUAUUGCAUUUAAGCAGAAUCUGCUUAUUAAUGCAACUGGAAAUAUGUUCACCAUUAAGUAUGUUGCUUCAGCUUUAUUUAUGUAUUAUAAUAAUAUUUAUGAAUUGAAAAAAAGAGUCAAGAAUAAAAAGUGCCAUGAUAUCAUAAAA